AUGUCGUGGGUGCGCCAGUGCUGGGCUUUGUGCCUUCUUUUCUUAUUUUUGGCAUUAUCAUCAUGUCCCACAACACAGGCCCAAAAAUGCGAUCCUUGCAUUGAACGUUCCGAAUACAACCUCAAAGCGAUUUUGCAUGGCGGUUCCGAUGACAGCUUUUGGUUGGAAAUUCAAGCCGCCAUGCGACAGGCAGCCUUGGAUAUGCGCGUCAAUCUGGAACUUGAGUUGAGCCCCGAAACCCUCAGUCCGGAAGAAAUGGCACUCCGGAUCGUGGCGGCCAUUGACAGUAGGGAUUCCUUCGAUGCACUCAUCGUCACCAUACCGAGCCCAGAAGUCAAAACAGCCGUGAAGAGCGCUAUUGACUCUGGAAUUCCAGUCUUUGGGCUGAAUUUGGGAUCCGAAGAUGCCCGGUCCAUUGGGGUCAGGGGAUUUGUCGCUCAAGACGAGUACCGUGCCGGACAAGCGGCGGCCGAGGAAUUUGCCAGGAUUACCAACGUCACCAACGCCUUGCUUAUCCAUAGCGAUAUAAAAAGUCAAGGUUUGGAAGCACGAAGCCGAGGAUUUGUGGAUGCCUUUGCAAACAUGCACAAUGUGACUUUCGGUACAAAUGCCACAGUCGUGGACGAAAUCUUUGUCGAUGCGACCGAUAUCUUUGGCAAGGUGACCAGUAUCAAUCGAGUCUUUGAAGAAAAUUGCCGAUACGACGCAGUCAUGGUAGUGGACGAAGACACCCUGCAAGUAGCACUGGCGGCCUCCCAGGAGCACAACUGUGGUGGGAUCACUCACAUUGGGGCCUUUGAUGAAACGCCUACCAUUCUGAGUGAGGUCAUUGCGGGAAAUGUAGCCUUUGGAGUAUCACAGCAACAUUACUUGCAAGGAGUACUGCCAGUCUAUAUGGCGUCGAUUUACGUCACCACACAGAAAACCUUGGCAUUGCCAGUCGACGAAGAUGUUUACUUGGCGGGUCCCACCAUUAUUCGAAAGGAUAAUGUCCCAACCGACGCCCUCCAACAGUGUGCCAAAGAUGCCUUUCCAAUCUGCCCCAAUACCAAGAAUCCUAGCGGAGAUGAAGCUAUUUGUGAGUGCACCGACAAGAAAGCGAUAAGGAUUGGGGGAGUCUUGCACGGCAUUACGACCGAUACCUUUUGGGAUCCCGUCUUUGCCUCGGCACGUCAAGCUGCGGAUGACAUGGAUGUGGAAUUAGCUCUCAUUCGAUUCCAACCCGAUGCAAACGAUCAAAUUUAUUUUCAAAUGGCGGCGAGAAUCAAAGCUCUUUGCGAAGAUGGUGUCGACGGUAUCUUUGUCACAAUUCCUUCCGAUGUGGUGCUGGAUUCCAUCAUGAGGUGCAAAGAAUUAAAUGUUCCAGUGGUCUCGAUCAACUCGGGAGGAGACAAAUCGUUGGAGCUGGACCUGCUGAAUCACAUUGGAAUGGUCGAGUACAGUGCUGGUUAUGGUGCUGGAACACGAAUGGUUGCUGCUGGCAUGAAAAAGGGAUACUGUCUGCAACAUGAAUUUGGUAUUCUAUCGCUCAUUGAACGAUGUAGAGGAUUUGAAGAUGCUAUUAAUGAGUUUGGACAAGGAGCGACCUUUCAGGGAUCCUUUGACGUAUCACGUGACAACAAGGUGGAAUAUGGACUGCAAGUCGAGGCCGCUGUGGCAAAUCCCAAUGGAGAUUGGGCGGGUGUGGGAUUGCUGCUGACUGGAUCAGUACAAGUGCCGGCCUACACUGAGUUUUUAGUCCCCAAGCACCCAGAGGUCCUGGCCGGAAGUUUUGAUUUGUCGCCCGAUGUCUAUGCUGGAAUUGACGGUGGAACUCUCCUUUUCGGAAUUGACCAAGUGCCAUACCUACAAGGAAAUACGCCAGUUUAUACGUUGACUAUCGAAGCAUAUACGAAACAAGUGCUGAAGAACCAUUUCCUCGAGACAGGCCCGAGUUUCGUUCUUUCUCCACCGUCCGACGACCAAAUCAUAUGCGAGGGCAACUUUUAUCAAGUUUGCACGGAACGACCUGAAGAAGACUACAACACGAUAUCGGAGGGUCUGCACAUCUUUGGAUUCGCUGCCCUUGGGAUCCUGCUCGGAUUGUGUGCUUGUUGUCUUGCGUGGAUGAUUAGCUGCCGUGAUUUAUGGGUCGUCCGGAUCAGUCAGCCCUUGUUUCUAUACAUUAUAUUGUUUGGAACUGUGGUUUCGUCGAUUGCCAUUCCCUUUUUGGGAUUCGAGACGGAAUACCGCUUUGUCCAGGAUAUAGCGUCUGGAGAACUCACGAGUGUUGUCAAUCCAGAGAUCGGUACUGUCGAUGCGGCAUGUAUGGCAGUACCAUGGUUGUAUGGCUUGGGUUUUGCAAUUACCUUCAGUGCCAUGUUUGCCAAGAUUCAGCGCGUUCGGCUGAUCUACCGAGCGGGUGUCGAAAUGAGACGGAAGCGAGUGGAACUGAAAGAUGUGGCAAGCAUUAUGGUUGUCAUUAUGACGAUAGAAGGGGCCAUCCUGUUGACGUGGCAAUUAUAUGAUCCACACCAAUGGGAAAGAGUCGUAUUGCAAGAGGAUGAAGGCUUUACAACUGAAUCAUAUGGAUACUGUACAUCAGAUUCUGGCAACUAUUUUUGGAUGGCGAUUGUGGCAUUCCAUGUCGUUUGCUUGCUGUAUGCACUUGUCCUGGCCUUCCAGACCAAGGACAUCAAUGCAGAAUACGCUGAAAGUGGCUCCUUGUUCCUCGCAGUUAUGUUCAUGUUCCAGACUCAAGUCCUUGUCAUUCCACUCGUGGCGUUGGUUCAAGACGACUCUAAUGUCUUCUUCUUCAUUCGCUGCAUUGCAGUCUUGCUGCAGAAUUUCACAGUGCUUCUUCUUCUGUUUGUUCCCAAAAUGUACAAGACACUCAAGGGUGAGGGAAACGUCAACCCUGCAAACCAAGCCCGAAUAGAUUUGUCAGCACGAGCUACCAAUACUGGAAGAAUAUCUGGAGUCAACAUGACCAACGCUUCCCUGGCAUCCCGGUACGGUGGUGACAUGAGCGGUCAAUUUGAUGCCGAUGACAGUAGCAGAGGCUUUGGACUUGAAGACAUGGGCACCCUGCUUAGACGAACGGAUACUUCAAGUUCACAAGAUAAACUUUCUUCAGAAGAAGCCCAAGAGAAAGCCCCUGAGAAAGCUCUCGCGAUCAUACCCAACCCUAAAAAGACCCUGCCUCCAACUCCUCCAAUCACUCCACUAAAUAACAGGAACAGCAGCGUCUCGUCUGUUGACGUCUGGGCUUCGCAAUGCGAACGAGUCGAUGAAGAGAGUGAGGAGAAGGUUAUUGCUGAGAAUGAUGAUGGUUCGGCGAUUGGGACUGAUGAGGGAGUAAACAAAGACGACAAAGAAAAUACUGGGGAAGAAGCCCUCAAAGAUCUCGCUUGA